CACUGAUUCAAGGGGAGGGAGUGAGGACUUGAUCAGAGAUGAAUGCUCCGGAUCGCUACGAGCGCUUUGUCGUGCCUGAGGGCACCAAGAAGGUGUCGUAUGAGAGGGACACAAAGAUCGUGAAUGCUGCCUCAUUCACUAUCGAGCGUGAGGACCACACCAUUGGCAACAUUGUCCGCAUGCAGCUGCACAGAGACCCAAAUGUGCUCUUUGCUGGCUAUAAGCUCCCUCACCCACUUCAGUACAAGAUCAUCACGAGGAUCCAUACUACCAGCCAGUCUUCCCCAACGCAACACUAG